AUGCCCCGCAAUGAAUGGAGUAAAGCUGCAUCUCCGAGCCCACUCAAGCUGCUGUCCUCGCGAGGAAGAAAGAGCGUUAUUUCCGCCAAGCCAGAUCAGACCACAGAGAUCCGCGGGGCCAUAACCAUAACUAUGGCGGAGAGUCAAGUAGAUAUCACCGGUUUGGUGAAACGGUUCAGUCUCGAACGGCUGCUCAAUCAAGGCACGAACGACAGGCGUAUCUCGUUGCUUGGCUCCAUCGAUAACCAACCCGCCAUCCUGCUAGUGGAACGCGCCGCCUUUGCCGUUGACCAGGCUUUCUUGGCCUCCCUGAGCAAUUCUCUCACCCAUGUAUCUCUCAUUAGUGCAAACGACAUCUACCACUGGGCCCUUGCUUGUUCCCCAUCCUCGCCUGCUUCACCAGACCUGAAGCUAACCCUCAUUCAUCCGUGCACACCCCAACAUGUUGCCAAAUACUCAGUGCAACCGGUACGGAUGGUCACGGAGACACCAACUAUCUACCAGCAGCAUGUUCGCCCUUACAUGUCCGACAAGCGUGAAGCCGGCCGUCUAAACUGGGUCUAUAACAUCAUCGAGGGCCGCAAGGAGCAAGAGGAUGUGCUUUACCGUCACCAAGACGAGGAGGAAGGGUUCCUGAUACUCCCAGACCUAAACUGGGAUCGCAAGACAAUGGGUACACUUCGACUGCUAACCCUCGUUCAACGACGGGACAUCUGGAGCCUACGAGACCUGAAGAAGAAACAUGUACCAUGGCUGAAGCACAUGCGGGAACGCAUAGUAGACAGCGUUGUACAGGUCUAUCCGUCAAUGGAGGGGGACCAGAUAAAAUUAUAUGUCCACUAUCAGCCUACUUACUACCACUUCCACAUCCAUGUGGUCAACGUCAUGCUUGAUGCGGGCAGUACCCAAGCAACUGGAAAGGCGUUUGGAUUGGAGAAUAUUAUUUCCCAGCUUGAGACUAUUGCAGGUGACGAGGAGGCGGGAAUGGCAGAUAUGGAUCUUACUUACUAUGUAGGUGAGGCCAGUGAACUGUGGGUGAAUGUAUUUGGCCCAUUGAAGGGAAAAUAA